UAUUGAGCGUUCCAUGGCUACCAUUCUCCUUCUCAUUCUCAUCUCUACCUUUCAAUUCGGAGCCAUCUCCUCCGACACUAUCCCCGAUCAAGAUGUUAGCUACAUGAAAUUCGUGCACAACGCCGGCGAUCUACCAGAAAAACAAGAAUACGACUACAUAAUAAUAGGAGGAGGAGCCGCCGGUUGCCCAUUAGCUGCAACAUUAUCAUCAAAAUUCAAAGUCCUCCUUCUCGAGAGAGGCAGCGAACCCAACAAAUACCCCUCCGUCUUAAACGAACAAGGUCUAUUAAACGCCUUCUUAGCACAAGACGAUGGUCAAAACCCCUUCCAACGCUUCACCUCCGAUGACGGCGUGGAGAACAUCAGAGGCCGCAUUCUCGGCGGCGGCACCAUGGUCAAUGCCGGCUUCUACUCAAGAGGCCAUCGCCAAUUCUUCGAGACAGCCGGCGUCAAUUGGGACAUGGAAAUGGUGGAAAAGGCUUAUCAAUGGGUCGAAGAAACCGUCGUUUCCAAGCCAAUUUUGAACGCUUGGCAAUCCGCUUUUAAAUCAGCGUUAUUGGAAGCCGGCGUUGGCCCUGAUAAUGGGUUCAAUUUGACACACCUUAUCGGCACUAAAACCGGCGGCUCCAUCUUUGAUGGCAAAGGCAAUAGACAUGGCGCGGUGGAGCUUCUCAAUAAAGCAGAGCCCAAGAAUCUUAAAGUCGCUGUUAACGCCACUGUCCGGCGAAUUCUCUUUAAUGGCUUAUCAGCAAAUGGGGUUUCAUAUUCAGAUUCAAAAGGGAAGAUUCAUACAGCGUUUAUCCGCAAGAAAGGUGAGAUUUUUUUAAGCGCCGGCGCAAUCGGAAGUCCUCUGCUUCUCCUUCAAAGUGGGGUUGGCCCAAAAUCUCAUCUUUCAUCGUUAAAACUCCCCGUCGUCCACCAUCAGCCCUACGUCGGCGAAUUCAUGUCCGACAAUCCCCGUUUCGGCGCCACCAUCGUGCUUCCAUUCCAAUUGGCUUCUUCCUCUGUAAAAGUCGUCGGGACAUUGCAGGACAAUGUGCAUUUACAAGCUUUUGCGAGCCCUGCACCGUUUUCGGGUCCCCCAACUUUCAGUCUUCUUCCACCUCAAGCCACUUCGAUCAACCCCAGCUUGGUUAUUUUUGUUGGGAAAUUCUCGGAAGUUCAUUCUGAGGGAUUUCUCCGUUUAAAUUCCACCACCGAUGCGAAGAACAAUGUAAUUGUUCGAUUUAAUUAUUACUCGCAUCCGGAUGAUCUUGCUCGGUGUGUUGAAGGAGUAAGAAAAGUGGGGGAUUUGCUUAAAACCCAAACGAUGGAAAAGAUUAAGACUCAAGAUUUGGAGGGUAAUAAAGCGUUUCAGUUUAUGGGGGUUCCGUUGCCGGAAAAUUUGUGGAAUGUUAGCUCUGUUGAAGAGUAUUGCCGGAAAACAGUGACGACUUAUUGGCAUUACCAUGGUGGAUGUUUGGUCGGAAAAGUGGUCGACGGUGAUUACAGAGUCAUCGGAAUGAAGAAUUUGCGUGUAGUGGAUGGCUCCACGUUCUCCGAUUCGCCGGGGACUAAUCCUAUGGCCACUCUCAUGAUGCUUGGCCGAUAUGUUGGGCUUAAGGUGCUGCAACAAAGAUCAAGUUAAGGAGUGUCGAUUAAGAGAGAUUAUUGCUUGACAUUGUUGGAUUGUAUGUGUUUUGAUCGUUGAUAUUUAUAUUUUUAGUUUAUAAAGAUUGUAUACGAAUUUAAGAAAUAAAAAAAAUGUGUUUUUUUUUUUUUA